GAGAGCAACGAAUCACACCGACAUUCUUCUAUGAGGGACCAAGGUCAAACCCAUAUGGAUAUCAAUCGUGGUGACAUCCAGACCUUAAACGAGGAAGAUGAUGACAAAGGUGAGGAAUCAGAAUACGUUUGUGAUUCUGAAUAUGAUGAAAGAUGUAGUGAACCCCAGCAAAGAUCUUCGUCGAGAAUUUAUGACAACGAUUUGUCUAUCGGAGGUGGCCUUAAUUCCUUAGACAGUGGCAGUGAUGACUACGCUUACAACCCUGGUUCAUCAAGGUACCUGCAACAUCCCAAUCAGUAUUUACCAACCUACAAUAUCCAUAGUGAAACUGAGGCAGAAACGACGUCUAUAAAUAGUCGUGUUCCUGUCAAUGGUUUGCAUCAUAGUGAUCAUAGGAUAGAUGAAUCUGAUGAUUACGAUGAUGAUGAUGAGGUGCCCCAGUAUGGAUUUCCAUCUGUGCAGAAUCACAAGAGGAGAAACAGAAGGCUGAAUGGGGUUCAAGGCAACAAAGGUGAGAAUAAUUCCCUGCUCUGUCACGAGGCCUCCAACAGUGACGUUUCGACGAAUCUCUGCGAAGAUUCCGAAUUCGAUUUGGAAUCUCAGCCCUUAAAUCGUUUCGGAAUGCACCAGACUGCAGUGUGACCCUUACUAAAUGCUUCUGACGAAGGAAGCCUGUUAAUAAAAGAAUAUUUCAUAAAUCGCAGGAUCCGUAAGAGAACGAUGUUGGUUUGUUAUUAUUAUGUUUUUACUACUUAUUGUGUAAGAUUAAGUUUGAUUUAAGUGGUUUCAAUUAUUAAUUGUAUUAUUUAACUUUGCAGC